AUGGGGUCCUGCUGCAGUAAAGAGCCGGGUCCUGUGGAACCCUACGUUCCAUCUCCAGCCCCGGUGCCUUCAACCACUCGCGGUAUAACUGAGACCCGUGUGAUGGCUCCUAAGUUGGUUGUCGAUCCAAGAAUCGUCGAUGAACUGAUUAUGGAGCUACUUGCGUUGAUCGCUUCUUUCGUCGACAAUGAAGAGGAAUCCCCCGUCUCCUUGGUGAAGCUCCACGUCAUUGCGGAGAAGGAAGAAGGAUGGUUCCAAGUGGUGUCCUCAAUGGUUAGGAUAAUACCACUAGAUAAUCCUUUGGGCCCAUCGGCCAUCACCAUCGUCUUUGAUGACUGCCCUCUGCCUUCCAAAGAGCAAGUUAUCAAGCUUACUCAAAUACUCGGCUUGUCUGCCAUGCGCGCCCUCUCAGCCGAGAUAGACGUGCAAGUAGAGCGCAACAUAUGUGUUGUGCUCGGGUGUAUUGCUGACAAGUUGGCCGGCCCUAACAGCGUCGCCGUGCUGACCGAAGAAACCCUUGAUUACAUGUUAUCAUUCUUGAUGUUCCGUCGUGAGCCGCGGAUUGUCCUGUUCGCUCUGAUAGCGCUUGAAAAGUUUGCUCAUACAACUGAGAACAAGUUGACUAUAAAGGAGCGUCUCAACAAGGAGGAUGACAAUCCUCUGCUGCUUCUUGAGCGUCACGCGAACAGUCAGGACUAUACCUGGCGCCAGGUCGGAUUCUGUGCCAAAUGGGCACUCGACAAUCUGUUUACCGUGGAAGGGCGUUGUCUAAGCUACCAGACUGUAGACAUGUCAAAGAUUCAUGCCCUCAUGAACACCCAGGAUGUCAGCGAAUACUUGAAGAUAUCCAGCGAUGGACUGGAGGCCCGUUGUGAUUCCUACUCGUUUGAGAGUGUGCGCUGCACCUUCCCGGUUAACAGCGGCGUUUGGUAUUAUGAAUGCUUGAUCAUCACUCCAGGCGUUAUGCAGAUUGGAUGGGCAACCAAGAGCAGCCAUUUCCUGAAUCAUAUUAGCCUUUCCGAGAACGGCAAGAUAACGAAGGAGGGUUAUGGGAUUGGAGACGACAUAUACUCUCUGUCGUACGACGGUUGCCGUCGCUUGAUAUGGCAUGGGGCCAAGCCAACUCCUGUGCCUGACGUGCAAGGAUGGCGCCCUGGAGACAUAGUGGGGUGCCUCAUUGAUAUGGAUGCGGAAGAAGCAAUCUUUACAGUGAAUGGAGUCCACGUCCGAACUUGCACGCACCUCUUUGAAGUGUCUCGUUCUAAUAAUGUUGACCUUAAACAACCCAGUCAAGGGUUCUUCGCUGCGGCUUCGUUCAUGGCGUUCCAGCAAUGCCGAUUCAACUUCGGCGUUGAGCACUUCCGUUACCCUCCUAACCGCCCAUUCAAGAUCUUUAAUGAGCACGGAUCUCUAUCCGAUGAACAGAAAAGGGUUGUGCCUCGCCGCAUCACCCUGGAGCUGCUCCGCGCCACUGCCGUAAAGGAGAACGCUUGCACCUUGUGCUUCGACGCCGACUCUUGCUGCAUUCUGGAACCCUGCCAGCAUAGGGGCUUCUGCUCGGUCUGCACUUCUCAGCUGAAGGAGUGCCCGAUGUGCCGCGCCGCCAUCUUGCGGAUCCGUAUGGAGAGCACAUGA